CCGGAGUAUAAAUAUGAAGUAAUAAAUAUCCCAUAUUUCGUUAUCGCUCUGUACUCUUAAAUAUUGGAAAGGACAUCGUUAAAUACAAGUUCUUUUAAAGAUGGGUGUAAUUUACGAACUAUUUGUUAAAAUAUUUAUUAUUUUAAUAAACCAUCGCUUUUCUUGCCACAUAAAGAUGAUUUUGUAUAACAUCCGCUUGCUCGAAAUUGUCGUCAUUUCCUUUCUUUCAUUGGGAAUUCCGAUUAUAUUCUUAUGCAUUUUGAUGUAUUAUUUGAAGAAAUCUGACAGAAUUCUUCCUGAUAAACAGAAAAAGAAAAAGAAACCUCUAGUAUACAUGACAGGGCCGCUAUUAUUAUUUGAUAUACUGAUUCAACUAUUGACUUCGCCUUUAUCAACACUCUGGAAGUAUUCUAAGAGAACUUUCAAGGACGACGAAAAUAAAAAAAAGAAACGGAGGAGUAAGAAAUCUUCUAAUAAGCGAAAGAGAGGUAAGAGAGGGAAGAAAAGCAAAAGGAAAACGAAAAGAACAAAUGACAAAUGGCAAAAACAAGAUGACAAAUCUAGUAUUGAGUAUGAUACGCUUACUAAUGAAGAACAGAAGGAAAAAGAAGAAUCUUCUCCACGACGGGGUAGCCAAUGCUACGUUGACUUGACCAUGUUACCGAAUGGCCAAAAAACACAACAGAAUUUCGUUAAUUUCAACACUUUUCCGAAUAUUGUACGGCGGGUUCUCAACUUUUCAAGCGUGAUUUACGCUUUCAUAAUGUCCGUGUAUAUUGCCAGUUGUUCUGACAUUACUACGAAUUUUACUUCUGAAAAGGUGAUUUCGUAAUGCCUCUUCGCUAUAUCCCGAGUUGAAAGUGGACUUGAAGAUUUCUUUUUUCAUGAGGAUGACAAAUGAAACCUUUUAGAUGCAAAAACUGAUUUUUAGUGAGAAGAAAAAUAUUUAAUAAAAUGUUUUAACGUUAUGAUUUUAUUGCUAAUACGAAGCUAGUAGAAUAAAAUUGUUAUGAAUCUGUCUUAUUUCUUCGUAAACAAAUUAAUUACGUCCAACUUUAAUUAAGAAUUUAAGAUAAUUUUUAUUAUCGAUGAAGGAAAUCGAAUGUUUGACUUAAUUUCAAUUGACUUUCCGGUAAUUAGUGACUUUUUUACAUGGAGGGAAGUGACUGUUGGUGGUUAUUAACACAAAUUACUUCCUUCGUUUUUAUAAUUUGUCUGCA